AUGUACGGACUAUCUCGUGGACCGAUGAUCAGAUGGUAUAAGAAGGUUUCCUUCUCCGACAGGGAGUUCCAUCGUCGUACCUACAAGGUUGGCGAUUACGUUGAGUUCAACAGGGCCUCGUCUCCAGACGACGGCAAUAUGGAGACCAGUGACACCGAAGACGAGUCUCAGCUUGGCCGCAUCGAUGGCGUCUUCCUCCACAAGCAUGACCAAACCGGCCGCGCAUUCCUUGUACUUACCAAGGCGACUAUCUCUGAGGAUGACCACCCGCACCUUGGUCUGCCUUAUGUCGACGAUGAUAGAGAGCAAAUCAUCAUUGGUUUACUCGCUAUCGAUCCUCUCUUUAAGGGUCAGUACAUCAUCGAUGACUGCGUGGUCGAGGGCCAGGAGACCCGACAGCUCUGGGUCACCUGGGACGUCAAGCUCAUUUAA